AUGGCCGAACUCUUCUCCGACCUCACCGAGCGCCCGCUCAAAGAGACAGUCUGUCUCUUCGACGUUGAUGGCACACUGUCCCCCGCCCGCCUACACGCCUCUCCAGAAAUGCUGCAAACCCUCGCUGCUCUCCGUCACAAGUGCGCCAUAGGCUUUGUUGGUGGCUCCAACCUCGUCAAACAAGAAGAACAACUGGGCACCCCUUCCAUCAGCGUCAUCUCCCUCUUCGACUUCUGCUUCUCCGAGAACGGCCUGACCGCAUAUCGCAUGGGCAAGCAGCUGGCCUCGCAAUCCUUCAUCGGCUGGCUCGGCCAAGAGAAAUACCAGCGUCUGGCGCGCUGGGUGCUGCGCUACAUCGCCAACAUCGAGGGCAUCCCCAAGAUGACGGGCACGUUCAUCGAGUUCCGCAACGGCAUGAUCAACGUCUCCCCCGUGGGCAGGAACGCCAGUAAAGAGGAGCGAGACGAGUUCGAGGCCUGGGAUAAGAAGACCAACACGCGCACCAAGAUGAUUGAGGCGCUCAAGAAGGAGUUUCCGGAUUAUGGACUGACCUAUUCGAUCGGCGGCCAAAUCUCCUUCGACGUCUUCCCCACCGGCUGGGACAAGACGUACUGCCUGCAGUACAUCGAGGCCGAGAAGGACGUGUCCGGCAUCGAGUACAAGAACAUCCACUUCUUUGGCGACAAGGCGUUCGAGGGCGGCAACGAUUGGGAGAUCUACAGCGACGAGAGGACGAUCGGGCACUCGGUCAAGAACCCGGAGGACACCAUUCGCAUCCUCAAGGAGACGUUCGGCAUCUAA